AUGGCACCCUCAGCAAUUUCUCCCGAAGAGACUACUCAAAUCCCCAGCGGUGACUCGACCGUCUUGGCCCUUCGCAAGACAUUGACCUCCGAGAACGAAGCGCUGGCCGCUCGCUUCCGUGCCCUCUUUUCGCUCAAGUACCUCGCAUGCCAGGAGCCUCGCACCGAGAACACCAUUCCCGCUAUCGAUGCCAUUGCUGCUGGAUUCGCUUCUCCCUCUGCCCUCCUCAAGCACGAGCUCGCCUACUGCCUGGGUCAGUCUCGUCACGAUGCCGCAGUCCCAUACCUUCAAAAUGUGCUCAGCGAUCGCGAGGAAGACGCCAUGUGCCGACACGAAGCCGCCGAGGCUAUCGGUGCUCUGGGCGACAAAGGUAGCUUGAAGCUCCUUAUCGAGAGAAGAGAUGACGAGAACGAGGAGACUGUUGUCAAGGAGACUUGCGACAUUGCCGUUGGUCGCAUCGAGUGGGAGCACUCUGACGCUGGAAAGUUGGAGAAGCUGAAGCAAAGGUGCGGCCCUUGUGAAAACCACGUACAGCAACGACCCGGACUAACAUCGACACNNAGCGAUUUUACCUCGAUUGACCCUGCCCCUCCUCUUGCUAUCGCUGCAAAGCAACCCUCGAUCGAAGAGCUCGAGCAGACCCUCCUCGACGCAAAGCUUUCCCUGUUCGAUCGUUACCGCGCCAUGUUUGCCUUGCGCGACCUCUGCUCUCCUCCAGACCUUCCCACCGCCGUUCCCGCCAUCAACGCCCUUGCUCGUGGUUUCACCGACUCUUCUGCUCUAUUCCGUCACGAGAUCGCCUUCGUCUUCGGCCAGCUCUCACACCCUGCUUCCAUUCCUGCUUUGACUGGAGCACUCAGCGACCUCAAGGAGAGCAGUAUGGUCCGUCACGAAGCCGCCGAGGCUCUCGGUAGUUUGGGCGACGAGGAGGGUGUAGAAGAGACUCUCAAGAAGUUCUUGAACGAUGCCGAUCAGGUCGUUAGAGACAGCAUCAUUGUUGCAUUGGACAUGGCUGAAUUCGAGAAGAAUGGCGAGACCGAAUACGCGACGAUUCCUGUUGCUGCAUAA